GCUGAGUGUCUGUUCCGAACAUCUCCUGAAAGAUGACGUCGGGCCUCGGUUUGCGCCCUUAUCAAGUGGGCAUCCUAUAACCUGGUCGAUUUUCCCAACUCUAUGCUUUUCACCCCUUUCAUAACCUCAGCGGGUGAAUGGCGCAGUCAUGACACUGCAUACGGUCGCGUUGGGUGCGGCCUUGUCUCCUACUGUCCUCCAGACUCUAAUCAAUCAUUACCUGCACCGCAAGUCGCGCCAUAGCCAUCCGACCGUCCAUCUCACCUACGAUGAAGGCAUCCAGGUUAUUCGUCAAUUCCUUUACUAUGCCUCGAAACACCCCGUCGAAGAUAUACAGGCGUUCACUCGCCAGUCGGUCCCUAGCCCGCACUGGGUGCGAACGGAAUCCGUCACCAUCCCCGAGGAAUUUCUAUCGUCCGCAGCAAAUGUGCUCGUCAAACAAUUGGGUCCCAAGGGUCUCGUACGGGUUGGAGGCGAGCAGUGGUGGCAAUGGCGAGGCCCGGAUGAGGGUCUUAAGUGCGAAUGGAUCGAGAUGCGCAGCCAUUACAACGAGAUGAAGAAGUCCAAUGGCGGCAACAACAGGAUCAUGCUGUAUGUCCAUGGCGGAGCUUACUUCUUUGGAAGUGUUGAUACACAUAGAUAUAUGCUGCAGCGUCACGCUCGCAAGCUGAACGGUCGCGUCUUUGCACCCAACUAUCGCUUGGCGCCCCAGUUUCCUUUCCCGUGCGGCUUGCAGGACUGUAUGGCGGCGUAUCUCUGGCUGCUUAAGAGUUACGAGCCGAAGGAAAUCAUCCUCGCUGGUGAUUCCGCCGGUGGUGGUAUGACGUUGUCACUGCUGGUCAUGAUGCGCGACCAAGGCAUCCCAUUACCCGCGGGCGCGAUUCUCAUUUCGCCGUGGGUAGAUCUGACACACUCGUUCCCAAGCAUCGUUGACGAUAACCCUGGUGACUAUAUACCACCAUACGGAUUCCGAUACAAACCCUCCGCAGCCUGGCCUCCACCCAAUGCCGAUGAGAUAUUGAAGAUCAAGAAGCUGUCUCGCAAAGAAACUUUUACAGCCAAGGACGUCGAAGCUGCUGGACCGACCGCAAAUAAGGAUGCUAGGGACACUGCCAUACGUGGUUAUACACUUCAUGAGAAGAAGAGCACUGCCGAGGGCCAUGCUUAUCCGGGCAUGCAGCAGAGUGCGGACCCGAGCACCCUGCAUGCCGAACCCGACAACAUUCACGUCGUCCUCGAAGGCAAAACGGUCGAGCUGAAAGAUCAAAUCCAGAUGUAUGCCACAAAUCAGCUGAUAUCCCAUCCUCUGGUAUCGCCUAUUCUUCAAGCAUCAUUAGGAGGCCUUCCGCCACUUCAAAUCAUUAGCGGUGGCGGCGAGACCCUUCGUGAUGAACAGUUUUACGUGGCCCAUAAAGCGGCCAACCCGACAGCCUAUCCACCCGGCGACGUCUACCUAGAUGAAUUUGACCCUAACCGCGAGAUACUGCACAAAUACGAGCCAACAUACGUCCAGCUUCAAGUCUGGGAUGACCUGUGUCACGUUGCUCCCACGCUCAGCUUCACUCGGCCGGCCAAGUACAUGUUCCGCUCGAUCGCUCAAUUUGGAUCCUGGGCACUGGCUCGUGCCCAAAAGACCGAAGUAGAAAUCAUGGACGAAAAUCUCAUUUCGCCAGUCUCAUCCAGUGAAUCAGAAAGUUCGGACAGUCCAGGAGGGCCUUUAGGCGCACGCAAGCCGACAUUCCCAGCCGGACAAUCCGUCGGCAAAGCCGGUGACCCUCUUCCUGCUUUUGACCAGUAUAUGAUUCGUCAGCGAGUCGACAAGCGCGGGCAUAUGUACCAUCUCAACCCGCCGUCAUCCUAUCCCGUACUGGCAACACCGCCCGAAAAAGUUGGCGCAGUGAAUCCAGAGUUGAUUCGAAAAUGGCUCGAGGCCAAGCACGAAUGGGAUCAGAAGUUCUCCAAGGAGAAGCUCCGGGUUCAGAGCCGACGUAUCAAAGAGAUGGCGCACGGCUUCCAGGAUUUCGAGGGCGAAUGUCCGCCUCCUAGCUCCCUAGCUGCUCGUCGUGCGGCUCCAGGUGUACUUCCAAAAUCGCAAGCUAAGAAGAAUUACGGACUGAUGCUUUGGAGCGGCUGGGGUAGCAAGCAUGAUGAGCGGACCAUGCAGAAAGCCCACAAAGCAGAAAAGUCCGGCCAGACUACAACCCGCCGCAGUGUGGAUGCUGGACAGGCCGGUUCAUAUUCAAGCGUGCCAUUGAAGAACCCUCAGCCCGCCACGUCUGGGGAGAGUAGGCUUGAACCGACCACUGAAAGCAGCUCGACAGGCGGCACUGCUGCUGUCACUUGGAAUAACGAUACUGAAAAGAAGCAGUGGAACGGAGACACCGCUCCUGAUCGUCCUUCUGAACCCACGUCCUUGCGUCCGCCAUCACAGAGAAGUGGCGGACCUAUCCUCAUUCUGCCGGGUGUCGACAAUCGCAAGUUCAGCGAUGAAAACGCAAGCACCAGAGCCCUCUUCCACGCCAAGGGAACCUUGCCCAUGUCAUCCGAUGCAUCUCUACCUUAUCUAAGGGGCCGACCAUCGUCAGUUGGUGGCUCGGUGGCAGGCCGUAGUGAGUUCAUGUCUGACAACGGCGAAGAUGCCAGUACUGUCGGUGGCGACAUGGAUUCGAGUACGGUCCCUGGCACAGCGCAUGACGCCGCCAGCACUCGCGCUGUUCUAAGUGCGAAGGGUGUCGUGGGCGUGGUUAGCCCUCGGGAUAGUGGUCGAAUCUCCACCGAUACUGCAUCCUUACGGCCGAAUCUCUCGGAGGCGGACGCUGUUCCCGCUGUUGGAAGUGAAAGCCGAACUUCUACGUCUCAACGGCCGGAUAUGCCGGAGAGAGAAGUGUUCAAGACAGCCCAAGAAGCGCUCUGAAUUCGUGGACUUCCAUCACAUCGUUGCCAUAGACACGCAAGAUCUACCUUGAUUUCACAUUUGUCGAUAUCUCUGUCCGACUGAAUUUCGACACAUACACAACAUUCCAGGACAAUCAUGUUUUCUUUUCUUGGCUGUUGCAUCUUGGGACUGCCUUUUUCGAUCUUUUGUCAUCUCAUUUUCUAUGUUGAAUAUACCCUCCAGUAGCAACAAUAGCUGUUGCUCAUACUGGUGUCUUUUGUUAGAAUGCAUCCGAUUCGCAUACUCGUGCAUUCUUGAGGGAACUGUCCCUGUAAAC